CCAAUCGGAAAAGCCUACAUGAGAGAUGAGACCGUCAAGAUCAGUCAGAGAAGAUCAAAGCGAACAACUUUGUUCCGAGAGAAACGAGAAUCAAUCUAUUGCUUGAGGAAUAAGGCAGGGAAGCUAAUCAAUCACAAGUAGAAGAAACGGAGGAUUUCAUCAAAUUAGGGUUUUAAGACCUACAUUUUCUUUUUUUUUUCCCAACGAUACUUAAAUUGCACGAGAAACUCUAUAAGUCGCGAAAUCUCCAUCGGAAUCGAUGGAAUCAUCUCCUUCUGGAUCCGAACCUCCCCAGAAAGUCGUUUCUAAACUGCAAAAAGUCGGCUGGCGAGCUACGAUGAUCUUCAAUCUUGGUUUUGCAGCUUAUAUAUUUGCGAUAAAACGAGAAAAGGAUAUUGAUGCGGACGAGAAGAGGAAAGUUAAAAAGGGCAGCGAGGCCAGGAAUAAAGGUGUGAAAAAGGGUGCUGUUAACACAGAGGUCGAGAAGAAAGGUGCAGAAAUCAGCAGAGUUGCAGAGACUGAUAAGGCUAAGGAAGCAGAAACUGCAAUGCCGGAGAAGGAAGAAACCAAACCGAUCCUUGAGCUGGAUCCGCUGUUUGAAUUUACAGAUGCAGCUGAUCAAUCCAUGUUUCAGACUGUGGCAACCGAACAUGUAAAGGUAGCAAGGAAACCGAUACCAGAAGAUGAGCAAAAGGAGCUUUUCAAGUGGAUAUUGGAAGAGAAAAGGAAGAUAGAACCAAAAGACAGAAAAGAAAAGAAACAAAUCGAUGAAGAGAAAGCUAUUCUGAAACAGUUCAUUCGUGCCGAGAGGAUUCCCAAACUUCUCCCUGAUGAUUCCGUUGAUUCUUCGCUUCGUGAUUGGGACAAAUUCUUCUCCAAGUAGAAAGAAAACAGAAACUAGUGUGUACUUGUUUUUUGUUAGUACACGAAAUGAUCAUUGUUGGCUUUUUAGUUCUACUACUCUGAUUGUUACUCUAAUCAACGAAUAGUUAAAAGUCUUAAAGAGCAGUUUAAAUGUGAUUUCUUGGGGUUGAUAGUGGUGCUUUUUAUAAAACU